AUGAUCAUUGUUAAACUCUGUGCUGAUGUGUUGGAUGUUGAACUUGGCAGGUCUGUUCAUGACCAGACUGGGAUUGAAAAUGAUGCUGUUGUGGGUGGGGCUAUUAUUGACUGCUAUGUUAAACUGCAAUUAUUAGAAGAUGCUCGUAAAGUGUUUCAAAUUCUUGGCGAGAAGGAUAAUGUGGCAAUGUGUGCUUUACUUGCUGGGUUUAAUCAGAUUGGAAAAUCUAAGGAAGGACUUGCAUUAUAUGUUGAUUUUCUUUGUGAAGGUAAUAAACUGGAUCCAUUUACUUCUGCGAGUGUUGUCAGUUUGUGCUCAAAUUUGGAGACUGAGCUUUCUGGUACUCAAAUUCACUGUGGUGUCAUCAAACUUGGCUUCAAGAUGGAUUCAUAUCUUGGCAGUGCCUUUAUCAACAUGUAUGGAAAUUUUGGGAUGAUAUCUGAUGCUUAUAAAUGUUUUCUUGACGUUUGCAAUAAGAAUGAAAUAUGUGGAAAUGCCAUGAUGAACACUUUAAUUUUCAAUUCAAAUGAUUUGAAAGCUUUAGAGCUGUUUUGUGGGAUGAGGGAAGUUGGUAUUGCACAAAGCAGUUCUUCAAUCAGUUAUGCUCUGCGUGCUUGUGGGAACCUUUUUAUGCUUAAAGAAGGAAGAUCUUUUCAUUCUUACGUGAUUAAAAAUCCUUUGGAAGAUGACUGUAGAUUGGGUGUAGAAAAUGCUCUUCUUGAGAUGUAUGUUAGAUGUAGAGCUAUUGAUGAUGCAAAAUUGAUUUUCAAAAGAAUGCUGAUACGAAAUGAGUUUUCCUGGACUACUAUCAUAUCUGGAUGUGGUGAAUCAGGGCACUUUGUAGAAGCACUGGGGAUCUUCUGCGAUAUGCUUCAAUAUUCAAAACCCAGUCAAUUCACUUUAAUUAGUGUUAUUCAGGCUUGUGCAGAAAUAAAGGCACUUGAUGUAGGAAAACAAGCCCAAACUUAUAUCAUCAAAGUAGGAUUUGAAUAUCAUCCGUUUGUUGGAAGUGCCCUGAUUAACAUGUAUGCAGUAUUUAAACAUGAAACUCUGAAUGCUUUACAUGUCUUCUUGUCCAUGAAAGAGAAAGAUCUUGUCUCUUGGAGUGUCAUGUUAACAGCAUGGGUCCAAAAUGGUUAUCAUAAAGAAGUACUUAAGCAUUUUGCAGAAUUCCAAACUGUUCCCAUUUUUCAGGUUGAUGAGUCUAUCUUAUCCAGCUGUAUUUCAGCUGCUUCUGGCUUAGCAGCAUUGGACAUAGGCAAAUGUUUCCAUUCCUGGGUUAUCAAAGUUGGCCUUGAGGUUGAUCUUCAUGUGGCUUCUUCCAUUACAGACAUGUAUAGUAAAUGUGGAAACAUUAGAGAUGCCUGCAAAGAAGCUAUUGACCUGUUUAACAAAGCUAAAGAAGCUGGAUUAGAACCUGAUGGUGUCACCUUCACAGGGGUUUUAGCUGCAUGUAGCCAUGCUGGACUGGUGGAAGAAGGUUGCGAAUAUUUUCGGUACAUGAGAAGUGAAUACAACAGUGAAGUAACUAUAAACCAUUAUGCCUGCAUGGUCGAUAUUCUCGGUCAAGCAGCAAAGUUGGAAGAAGCAGAGGCUUUGAUAAAGGAAGCUCCAUUCUAG